UAAAAAAUAAAAUAAAAGCAUUCCCUAUGCCAAAAACUUGUGGAAGUGAUAGAAGACGAGGUUCGGUUGUGUGAGCAAAUCUCAAAGGAGAAGAAAGUGAAAAAUGGAUUUGGAAUCAGUGAAGAAAUACUUAGAGAAAGGAGGAGAAACUGCGUCCAUGGUGAAUGGAUUUCCUCCUAAAUUCUUGGAAACCUUAAUCAUGAGUUCCCUUCGCGUCGAUCUCAUCGAGCCUGGCCGUGUCAUCUGCUCCAUGAUCAUACCUCCCCGUUUACUCAAUUCCGGAAAUUCCUUACACGGUGGCGCCACCGCUACACUGGUUGACGUUGUUGGCUCCGCGGUGAUUCCAGCCUCUGGACAUAUAGGUCUCACGGGAGUUUCCGUUGAGAUCAGUGUUACCUACUUGGAUGCUGCCUACGCUGAUGAGGAGAUUGAGAUUGAAGCUAAGGCGUUGCGUGUGGGGAAAAGCCUUGCUGUUAUCAGUGUGGAAUUCAGGAAGAAGAAGACUGGCAAGGUUUUUGCUCAAGGACGCCAUACCAAAUAUCUUCCUGUUGCAAGUAAAUUGUGAAAGGCACCACCAAUUGUAACCAAAUUUGUACUCUCACUUAAAGUGUAAACCUUUCUUCAAUAGUGGUGAAGGAACUCUUACAAAUAUAUACAUAUGUGUGGCCAAUCUUGCCUUUCAUUUA